UUAAAUUCCUCUAUGAAAAAAUAACAAGAUCAAAUCUCAAACAUUGAGAAAAACACAAACAAAAAUCCUUCCACGAAAAACAAAAGACGAAACAAGACAUACUCAUCAUCUCUUUCUCGUGUAUCUCUUUAUUCGCAGAAUUUCUCGUAUUAAUUCAAUUUACCCGCACGUAAAUUCUCCCAAUUCGCACCUAUACCCUUUCAUUCUCCGAUCCAUUCAAUUUCUUCUUUAAUUUUCCCAGACAAAUAAUCUGAGCUGUGGUUGCUGGAGAUUCCUGAAUUGAUCUCUUUUCAAACAUUGGAUGCAUAAAAAUGUGCAAUUGAAGUUAAUUUGGCUAUUGAGGUCAAUGUUUGAAUGACGUUUGUAGGUCAAUAAAGUCAGACAUUUUGUGGAUAGACAUGCACAAGAAGACUGCAUUCCGAGGUUUUCUCUAGUACUAGAAUAAAAGCAAAAACAAUACUGUCAUAAGAAGGCCGUGGACUUCUUCCAAUGGGUGCUCCUAAGCAGAAAUGGACUGCAGAAGAAGAGGCAGCUCUGAAAGCUGGAGUAGUCAAAUACGGGGCUGGAAAAUGGCGUACAAUUCUUACAGACCCAGAUUUCAGCACCAUUUUGCGCAUGCGUUCAAAUGUAGAUCUCAAGGACAAAUGGAGGAACAUAAAUGUGACUGCAAUAUGGGGAUCCAGGCAGAAGGCAAAACUUGCACUUAAAAAGAGCCUACCACCCCCGAAAAAUGAAAAUAACCACCACCCGACCUCGACCGCCAUAGUUCAAUAUAAUCCAGAAGUUGCAGCUCCUAAGCCUCUUUCAGUUUCUGGUGGAAUGUCUACUUCAAAAGAACAAAUAUCAAGAAUUCUUUUUAAUAAUGACAGAUUGGACAGCCUUAUAUUCGACUCGAUUGUCAAGUUGAAGGAGCCAAAGGGUUCUGACAUUGCCGCCAUUGCUGCUUAUAUAGAGGAUCAAUACCGGUCUCCACCAAACCUCAUAAAGUUACUGUCAACAAAACUGAAGCAUAUGGUGGCAAGCGGCAAAUUAGUGAAGGUAAAUCAUAAGUACAGGAUUGCAACAAAUUCAACAAAAACAUCCGAGAAAAGAAGAUGCUCUUCCUUGUUACUCCUGGAAGGGAGGCCAAAAGAUUCUCCAAAAGCAGAGAAAACUGAUGCCAACGUCCUUUCAAAAUCUCAAAUUGAUGUUGAGCUUUUAAAAAUGAGGGGUGUGACAGCUCAAGAGGUAGCAGCAGCAGCUGCAAAAGCAGUUGCGGAGGCAGAAGCUGCCAUUGCUGAGGCUGAGACAGCGGCAAGGGAGGCCGAGACAGCUGAAGCUGAAGCAGAGGCUGCACGUGUGUUUGCAAAAGCAGCAACGAAGGCACUAAAAUGCAGAAGACUUAAUAUUUGACGGUGUUUGCUUCUUCAUGGUUGACAUGAUCAAAGCAUUAUGUUGGCUUUCGAUCAUAAUGCUGAUGUUGGCUGCCUGCAUGUAUUUAAUUACUGUGCAUAAUUUAGGCUUGUAAAUUUUGAACGUGCCGGAUUGAUCCAUGAAGCAUUUUUGUCAUGAGUCAGGAAUAGUUUUUAUUCAUUAUUUUUGUAACAUUAUUUUUAUUGAAAGACAUACGAUAAGGGUAUUGUAACAAUACUACUGUGUGUGGUUAUGUAGUGACAAAUUGAUUUUGAAUUAAUUGAUUCCAGUUAAAAGUAA